UCCACAACCAGCUGCGGCAUUUUUUUAAAAAAAUAUAAAAGAAAAUCCCAAAAAUGGCAACACAACAACUGGUUGUGGUUGCCUUGAUCAUUUUCUUCGCAGCCGCGGCGACCGCCGAAGAGCCGAGCGUUCCUGCUGCCACAGUCGACAUCGCCCCUGCCGCUGCUGCAGCUGGGGUGGACCCCACCGCGGUGAUAGGCGCUCUCAGUGGGGCAGCGGCUGACGCUGCCCCCAUCGGAGGCCCGGUUCCGCAAGGAGUCUUCAAGAGCCUCCCGCCAUCGGCAGCUGGCGGCUUGCCUACCGCGGGUGCUGCAGCGGUCGGUGCUAACGCUGCCGCGGCUGUGGCGGUGGCCGCCGGCGCUGGCAUUGUUGGGUCAUUUUACUUCUUGUAACUUAAUAAUAUAAAAGGAAAAAAUACUCUUUAAUUCACAAUUUUAUACUAUUAUUUUCUAUUUUCCA